AUUCCCUUCUUCACUUUCUUCUCUUAAACCUUCACUUACUGCAAACACAAAACACCAUUAAAACUUUUCUCCAAACUUAGAAUUCAAAAUCACUGAUUCCUCCUCCUCUCAUUCAUCUAUUUACCAAGUUAUCUCACAAUUCUCCUCUUAGAAUCACCAUAUUUUUAAAAAAUUUGGCGGUUAUCAAUCAUGUCUUCGAUGCUAUGCGAAGGAUUACAAUCAUGCUUUGAACCACGGUUCGUCGAACCACAAAUCAAAAUGGCUCCACUCAGCAAGCCAUUUUUCUUCGAAUUGGCUACUGCUACUACUACGAGUGUAAAAACUGUCACCACCCAAGAACUUCGCAACAAAAACAAUGAGGAUGUCGAGUGCAACACUAGAAAAACCAAAUGUGGAUGGAGCUUAAUCGAAUCACUUACAGAUUCUUCAUCGCAAACUCUUAAGAAUGACGUCAAAGAAAAAGAUCAAACUCCAUAUGUACACCCUCUUGUCAAGCGAUAUUCAUCAAGGCUAAGUGACAAAAGCUUGGAUUUAUGUACCGAGAGUUUGGGUUCCGAAAGUGGCAGUGAUAUUGGCGAGGACACUGAUUUUUACUACUCUUCUUCAUCCGAUUCCGAGAGUGAAAAGUCAGUGACACAAAAAGUAAGACACAGUUGGGCUACUGUUAGUAGUAAUAAAAGGGUGAACAAUUCUGGUUCAUUUCCACCCCCUUUAACUUCCAUAAGCGGUUCCAAUUCUGUCCAAGUUAGAAGUCAUCGCGAAAAUGGCCGGUUGGUCAUUAAAACUGUUGCUGCACCACGUCCACAAACUUACUUUGAAGCCGAAAGACGCGAUGGACGUCUUACGCUCCGUUUUACCAAAGAAUUUAUGUCCACCGUUGAAGAACCCGAGCUCGAAGAAGAAGAAAUUUACGAGCAAGAAAUUCAGAAAGAAGAAGAAGUGGUGGUGGAAGAAAAAAAUGGACAAGAAGAGAAAAAAGAAGAAGUAGAAAUUGAAAACGAUUUUGAUUUCGAUUUUGAUUUCGAAGAGGAGAUGGAUGGAAAUAGGUACAAUAUUAGGGGUGAAAUGGGAACGGAAAAAUUUCAUCGCAGGCCAAGGAGCUGCAAAGAAUGCAGACAAGGAAAGAAUGGUUUAUUAACUUGGGAACCUUUUUGGGUAGCCACUUAAAAUGACUACCUUUUUGUCAAUUAAUCUUUUUGUCACUACUACUAAUUUUUUUUCUUUCACUUUUUUACCCUCUUCUAACUUUUUCUUUCGGGGGUUUAAUAAUUUCAAAUUUUCACCGCUUGGUUGUAGUACUAGUACCAUUUGCUAAUGGUAGUUAUUAUGGUUAUUGGAAAAAUAUUUUUACUCA